AUGCCUGGCAUAAAGGCAAACCUUGAAGAUGGAAGUUUGCCAUUGGAAAUCUUGCACAAGUUUUUGUCGGAUGAAAUAUUCCAAUAUAUAGCAGACGGAAUGAUUGACUAUGCUGAAAACCAUCCCCAGCAUGGUGGUGGUUGGUUUCCAACUACAGGGGACAAAAUCAAAGUUCUACUGAUACUGAUGGAUAUCAUGAAGAAAGCAACACUAGUGUCAUACUGGAAUUGGGAUCCAGCCAUGUUCACACCUUUCUUUCUGGAAACGAUGCCACAUAAUCGAUUUUUGAUGCUUCUUCAAAAUCUACAUUUCAACUUAGGCAAGAACAAAGAUGACAGGCUGCACAAAAUAUGUCCUAUCAUUGACGAAGUGGCUGAAAAUUUCAGAACGAUGUAUGUCCCAAUGAAGGAUUUCAUGGAAGAGGAAGAGAGUCCACCUUGGAAUCCAUGCCAGAAGGAUAAACAAGGAGAUAUCAGAUUUCUUCAACAUCAGCUGCAGAAUGGUAGAAAAGGUUGUAAAGGAGCUGGAAGAUUCAACUAUGAGGCAACAACAGAGUUGAAAACCCUGAUUGAUGAUCUGACACCAUCAGAACACUGA